AUGCACCGUUCCAGAAACGUCCUUAGCCUGCUCUACCGGGUAGAGCGAUUGAAUACAGCCUCCGGAUCGCUGCUAGCGAGCAGACACAUUGCGACCGUUGUAGCACAACCGACUCACAUCUGCCCAGCCCGGUUAUGGGGGACAUCCGGAUCCACUAGCAGCUCCUUUAACGUGCAUCAAAAGCGAACACUCUCGACCGAGAAAGACACAGCACGUGUGGAGGAGCCGAGCGAGAACGAAAAAAAGCUGACCCUGGAAGUGGAAGAGUUGCGUAAAGAAGCGACAGAGCUGACGGAAAAAGUUAAAUCACUAGACGAUAAAUACAAACGUGCGUUGGCUGAGAGUGAAAACAUUCGCCGGCGGCUAACCAAACAGAUCGACGAUGCGAAGCUUUUCGGGAUACAAGGAUUCUGCAAAGACCUGCUGGAAGUGGCGGACAUUUUGGGUCACGCCACGGAAGCCGUGCCGAAAGAAGAGAUUUCCGACCAGAAUCCUCACCUGAAGAACCUGUACGAGGGACUGUCAAUGACGCGGCAACAGCUGAACAGUGUGUUUAAGCGCCACGGACUGGAAACCGUAAAUCCGAUGAACGAAAAGUUCAACCCCAACCUGCACGAGGCGUUAUUCCAGCAGGAAGUGGCAAACGUGGAACCGAACACGGUCGUCGUGGUCAGCAAAAUCGGUUACAAGCUGCAUGAUCGCUGCAUACGUCCCGCGCUCGUAGGCGUAACGAAGGGUUAAAUGUAUCUAGACCAGCAAAUCGAUAGGGCCCAUGUAAAGAGAGAUAUCUGUAACAAUUUGAACCGCGAAAUCCCAAAACAAAACAAGGGAAAAUGCGCAAUUUAUUCCAAAAUAAAACUCACAUACA